AUGAGUGACUUCAAGGCAAAUGAGUAUGCGCGUCUCGUUGGCGGCCGCGAAUUCGAGCCAGACGAGGAAAAUCCAAUGCUUGGCUUCCGUGGUGCCUCCCGCUACUACUCAGCCCGCUACAAGGAUGGCUUCGCUCUAGAGGGCCAUGCGAUCAAGCGGGAGAAGAUGGGCUUCACCAACGCCAUCGUGAUGAUUCUGUUUUGUCGGACAAUCAAUGAGGCGAAGAAGGUGUUACCUACCAGGGUAGAGAAUAGGCUUAGACGGGGGGUGAGCGGGCUUCAGGUCUACGUUAUGUGCAAGAUACCGUCCAAUGUCAUACUAGCCGCCGAAUUUACAGAAUUCUUCGACGGCUUUUCCAUCGGCUCCAAUGACCUAACCCAGCUCACACUCGGUGUUGAUCGUGAUUCUGAGGAUCUCGCCGACCUUUUCAAUGAACAGGACAGGGCAGUCAAGUGGAUGCUAGAAGAGGUUAUUCAGGUGGCCCGCCAGAAAGGUUGCAAAAUUGGCAUAUGUGGCCAGGCGCCGAGCAAUCAUCCCGAAUUUGCGCGGUUCCUUGUGAACGCAGGAAUCGAUUCGAUGUCCGUUAGUCCCGACAGUUUCUUUGCAGUUAAGAAACACGUCAUUGCGGGCAAGCGAACAUGA